UUAUCUUUCUCUCUCAACUUGUUCUCUAAAUUUCUAAAGCCAUAAUUAGUACUUAUUUCUCUCACUUUACUCUACUUUAUGUCUCUGUAACUAUAACAUUUUCUUAGUUUUUUGCAACUUCAACAUUCUCAAGAGCCAGAUAUUAGUCCUCAUGGAAACUGAAAAUGGCGAUAUGAAGUCCAAGCUUGAAGAUUAUGAAGUGAUUGAACAGAUUGGAAGAGGAGCAUUUGGGGCAGCUUUUCUUAUUCUGCACAAAAUUGAGAGAAAAAAGUAUGUACUGAAGAAAAUUCGCUUGGCCAAGCAGACUGAGAAAUUCAAGCGUACAGCACAUCAAGAGAUGGAUUUGAUUUCCAAAUUGGAUAACCCAUAUAUUGUGGACUACAAAGAUGCAUGGGUAGACAAGGGAAACUGUGUCUGUAUUGUGACUGGCUACUGCGAAGGAGGAGACAUGGCUGAGAUAAUAAAGAAGGCCAGAGGAACAUUCUUCUCAGAGGAGAAAAUCUGUAAAUGGCUAACCCAAUUGUUGCUAGCUGUAGACUACCUACACUCCAACCGUGUCCUCCACAGAGAUCUUAAGUGUUCCAACAUAUUCCUUACAAAGGAGAAUGACAUCCGUCUAGGUGAUUUCGGACUUGCAAAACUACUCAACACAGAAGACCUUGCUUCCUCAGUUGUUGGCACUCCCAACUACAUGUGCCCUGAGCUCCUAGCAGAUAUACCUUAUGGCUAUAAGUCUGAUAUAUGGUCGCUUGGUUGCUGUAUGUUUGAAAUUGCUGCACACCAACCAGCAUUUAGAGCGCCUGAUAUGGCUGGACUCAUCAACAAAAUAAACAGAUCCUCCAUUUCUCCGCUCCCAAUUGUGUAUUCCUCCACACUGAAACAAAUUAUUAAAAGCAUGCUAAGGAAGAACCCAGAACACAGACCAACAUCUUCAGAACUGUUAAGGCAUCCACAUUUGCAGCCGUAUCUCCUUAGGUGCCGAAACCCAGCUUCUGUUUAUCUUCCAAUAAAGCCCACAAACAAUGUGAGGGAGAAAACACCAAGAAAAUCGCCAUCUAGCAAACAAAGUAGUGGCAGAGACAAGGUGGACAGAGAGGCGAUAGCACCAAACCAGUUGGAAAAGACUUUUGAGAAAACUAUUCAUGGACAGCCAAACAGUUUACCACACAACAACCCAACUUCCACAACUAGUACGGAAGACAACCUUGAAACCAAGAAAGUUGAUCCUACUAGCUAUACAUUGGAAUUGGAAAUAUCUAGCUCUGUCACUAAUUCUAAAGACAGGUCCACAGAAACUGAAAUAAUUGUUUGCAAUGGAGACAAGCUAGCUAACUCUAAUGGCACGCCUCAAAAGGACAGCACUGCCAUUGAGGUAACUUCAGAGAGCACUCGAAAUUCUAGGCAUGCAGUACAGGAAGAACCUGCUGCUACUGCUGCACAUUUUCAGCACUCACAAGAAGUUGGUGUCAAGACUGUGAGAACAGAAGAUCAAGAACCAGUUUGCAAUAAAGUUCCAGCAGAAGAACCUGAAAUAGAGGCAGUGCAUUCUGCGACAGAGGAUAGCGAGAAGUUGAUGAUGCCCAGCCAAGGCUGCAAUGACAACACUGAAUCCCCUGAUGAUAAAAGCUCAUCAUCGGCAGUAUAUGAACCUGAUGUACCACGUGAAAGCUGUUUACCAAAGAUAAAAAGCCAAAAUGGACAUACCGGAGAUUCUCAUGUGGACUACUUGUCUGAGAGCAACGAGGUACUUCCUUGUAAAGAUGAUUUUAAAGCAAAAGCAGAUAAAAUUAGUUCCUUCAUACAAGCAGCAGAAGAUGGUGGCAAUGGCGUUAAUCUGACACCAAGCGACAUCUCAUUACUAAGUACUCUUACGGGGAUAUGCGGCGAUGAAAGCAGGAGUGAAUGGGAGAAUCCAGGGCAACAAAGAGCUGAUGCUUUAGAAUCUCUUCUAGAACUAUGCGCAAGGCUACUUAAGCAGGAAAAACUUGAAGAGCUUGCUGGUGUGCUAAAACCAUUUGGUGAAGAAGCUGUCUCAUCAAGAGAAACAGCAAUUUGGUUGACAAAAAGCCUCAUGUCUGCUCAAAAGUUUAAUGGUGGAACCUAAUUUUCAAGAAGUAUUGCCAUUAAUUUAUUCAUUUUUGUGAGAAAGAAGUUAAAUGUUUUGACGUAAAUGCAUUUCUUCCUGAGUGGUGUUUGAUUGUAUAUUAGAAGAUUGAAGUAAAAGAACAAAAACAAACAAAAUUUGCAGAUCGUUGAGGCUUUCAUGGGAAAUAAACUUGAUUUUGGUUAUUUAUCACUA